AACUUACCCGCCAUCUUGAUUUCGCGCGAGACAACUCGAAAUUCAUGACCCCGGAUGUGAUUUGCUCAUAUAACUUCCGUCUGCAUGGAGGAGGUUACCACCAGUGACUUCUGCCGCUACCCAUCGAUUUCAUGAGCUGCUUGCUUCCCGCGGGGUCAGCUAUCACGCACCGAGGAAGUGACAGCAACCCCUUGAACUUCGGGUGCUAGCUGAAUCCAAAACGAGAGUCGAGACGCCGUCUGGCAGCUAGUGCAGUGCAGCGCAGGUUCAGAGAAUCUGGCACCCGACUCAGCAGUAAUAAAGAUUGGUCUCAGGCUCAGCUCAUUUCUUUAUAAUAUAGUUGGAUACAGCAGCUGACAAUAUGUUCUUCAAGACAGCCUCGUGUGAAUCUGCAUCGUCUGCAACACGUCGGGCACUUCACCUUGUGAAGAGAGCAGAUCCGGUCCAGCUCCGUAAUGUUUUCAGCAAAAAUGCAAGCAUUGAGCAGGGUGGGGAGCGUUUCAUGACCCCUGAAGAUUUCAUCAGAGGGUACCUCAACAUGCAGCCCGAGAGGAAUUACAACCCGGAUACUCUCAAGCUACUAGCUGGUGUCGCUGAUCAAACAAAAGAUGGGUAUAUAUCAUUCAUUGAGUUCCAGGCCUUUGAAGCAAUGCUCUGUUCUCCUGAUGCCACUCAUAUGGUAGCUUUUCAGCUCUUUGAUACCAAUGGCUCAGGAUUUGUCUCUUUCAAUGAAUUCAAGCAAGUUUUCAGCCUUACAGAAGUGUACCAGAGAAUCCCAUUCAACUUUGACUCCACUUUCAUCAAACUACAUUUCGGAACGGAAAAGAAAAAAGAGCUCAGCUUUGUGGAAUUCACACAGUUUCUACAUAACUUGCAAGAGGAGCAUGCAAAACAAGCCUUUGUCAAAAUGGACAAGAACAACGUAGGCAUGAUUUCUGCAUUAGACUUCAACAAGAUCAUGUCCACCGUGUUGGGUCACAUGCUGACUGACUAUGUCCAAGACAACCUGGUCACAGUGGCAGGAGGAGAGACCAAACAUCUGGUCAGCUUCCCGUACUUCAACGCCUUCAUCAGUCUUCUUAGGGACAUGGAACUCAUGCAGAAGAUCUAUGAACAGACCACCGGUGGCUCCCAUACGCAUCCUGUAACCAAGGAGGAGUUUCUUCAUGCAGCCCAGCAAUAUUCCCAGAUCACCCCCAUGGAGGUAGCUAUUCUCUUUCACAUAUGCUGCCUGGAGGAAUCAGUAGGACGAGUCACGUUUGAGGAUCUAGUGAAGAUUACGCCACCGACCGAUGUCAUCAAUAAACUCCAGGUGUCCCAACCCAAGGAGAAGGUGGAGCGUACGGCCAUGCUAACCAUCUUUGAGUCUGCCUACAGAUUCGGCUUGGGUGCUGUGGCAGGAGCUACGGGAGCCACAGCAGUCUAUCCCAUCGACCUGGUCAAGACUAGAAUGCAGAACCAGAGGAGUGGUCAGAUGGUGGGUGAACUCAUGUACAAGAACAGCUUUGACUGCUUCAAGAAGGUCAUCAGGCAUGAAGGGGUCUUUGGUCUAUACAGAGGUCUUCCACCUCAGCUGAUUGGAGUAGCACCUGAGAAAGCUAUCAAGCUAACCAUGAAUGACUUUAUGAGGGACAAAGUCAGGAGAAAGGAUGGCACGUUUCCAGUAUGGGGAGAGAUGCUUGCAGGAGGAUGUGCUGGUGGGUCACAGGUGAUGUUCACCAACCCUUUAGAGAUUGUCAAGAUUAGACUGCAAGUAGCCGGUGAGAUUCAGACAGGUCCCAGAGUAUCUGCCAUCACCGUUCUGAAAGAUCUUGGUCUCUUUGGACUCUAUAAGGGGUCGAAAGCCUGCUUCUUGCGUGACAUCCCAUUCUCAGCGAUCUACUUCCCGACUUACGCUCACCUCAAGAAAUACUCUGCCGACAAAGAUGGUCACAACUCGCCUCUUUCCCUUCUCGUAUCUGCUACAAUCGCUGGUGCACCUGCUGCGUACUCUGUCACACCCGCCGAUGUGAUCAAGACAAGACUACAGGUGGAAGCAAGACGAGGUCAGACCACGUACAACGGAGUGAUAGAUUGUGCUAGGAAGAUCUACCAACAAGAGGGUUUCAAUGCAUUCUGGAAAGGAGGACCCGCACGUAUCUUCCGAUCAUCACCUCAGUUUGGUGUUACCCUGGUAACAUAUGAGCUGCUACAGAGAGCUUUGCCAUUUGACUUUGGAGGAAGCCGACCGGAGGGAUCCCAAGUGAAGCUAUCCCAUCAUCCUGCUGACCUACCUCCAGUCAACCCAGAUCACAUCGGUGGCAUGCAACUAGCUGUGGCUACCUUCUCCGGUGUGGAGACAAAGUUUGGUCUCUUCCUACCAAAAUUCAGAAACCUGCAGCCGCAAGCAACCUAAUCCAACAACUAUAAGUAAUGUUUUUUUUUAAUUUAAACCCAGCUUAGAGCUGCUUAUAUUCUACUUUUCAAAAAAGUAUAGUUUAUACGUGUAUAUGAUAAGAGGCAAGUUGGUUUUCUUUCACUUAGAAGGCAUGAACGUUGAAUGUUCCAGUGCGUGUUGUACGAGAAUAGAGUAUAUACUAUAUAUUGAUCUUUUAUAUACAGUACACCUUAAAAAGGGGUUUAUACGAGCUGAGAGCUAUUAAAGGCGACAAACACAUGAUAUGAGGUCAUAAUGAAUCGAGUCUAGUCACAUAAACACAUGGUGUUAUAGUGAUCUUUGACAAGGUUCAUCACAAAUGAAUUUGACUGUAACUUAUGGAUAAACUGAUGGAAUAUACACUAUAUAUUGGCCUUUUAUAUACAGUACACCUUCAAAAGGGGUUUAUACAAGCUGAUAACUAAGGAGACGAUGACAUGGGUCAUGUGUUUUGAUAUGAGGUCAUAAUGAAUCAAAUCUAGUCACAUAACAACAUGGUGUUAUAGUGGUCUUUGACAAGAUUCAUCACAAAUGGAUUUGACUUCAAUCGAGGGAGAAACUGAAUAUAUACUAUAUAUUGGUCUUUUUUUAUACAGUACACCUUAAAAGGGGUUUAUAUGAGCCAAGAUGCUAAAAGACAAUGACAUGGGUCAUGUGUUUUGAUGUGAGGUCAUAAUGAAUUGAAUCUAGUCACAUAAAAACAUGGUGUUAAAGCGGUCUUUGACAAGAUUCAUCACAAAUGAUUUUGACUGUAACCUAUGGCGAAACCGACAGAAUAUAUACUAUAUAUUGGUCUUUUAUAUACAGUACACCUUUAAAAGGGGUUUAUACGAGCAGAGAGGUUGAGAGACGAUGACAUGGGUCAUGUGUUUUGAUAUGAGGUCAUAAUGAAUUAAAUCUAGUCACAUAUAAACAACAUGGUGUUAAAGCGAUCUUUGAAAAGAUGCAUCACAAAUGAAUCCGACUUCUACCUGUGCAGUAAAGUCAAUUGAAGGACAAGUUGCUGAUAAGCGCUGGGUUUGUGCACUACUGAAAUCAAAAGAAACCUUGCUACUAAUGAAUCGUGGACAAUACAGGGCUUUAAGUGACAUUGAUUGCAUGUGAUUGAAGUUAUUCACUAGUCAUUCAUAAUUAGUUUGUUGAAAGUAUAUGGAAUAAUGUCAACAUUGACAUUAUAAAUGUAAGCAGUUUGUUAGUUAAUAAACAGUACAAAUAUCUGUGUUUUUUUAAAUACUAUUGUACGAUUUGAAAAUUAGCAAUUGAGACUUAUCUUGAUUUGUUUGAGAUUAACUACAUGAAAUUUUAGGGUUUUUUUUUUUUUUUUUCGACAAUAUUUAAGUGUAGGAAAGCCAUGAUAACUCACCAAUGGCAGUACAUAAAGUGUAAUUUCUUUUAAUUCAUUUGAAGUUUGCCAAUCUAUGCAACUAUAUUGUGAAUUAGAAAUAUGUUCUUGUGGUGUACAUCUUGCCUUGUAAGGGUCAAAUGAGAUCAAAAUGAGUUUAAUGAUCGCCAAUAAUUUUAAUUUUCUUUAAUUUCUUAAUGCGAAUGGCUGUUGAGGUUAUCUUGUGAUAUCAUUUUAUUAUUUGCCAAAUCUUUUUCUGUGAUAUUGAUAGAUUAAUAGGCACAUAAAGGUUAGAUCAUAUAACCAGAAUUGGACAACAUCACAGAAUGUAAGUUGCAGUCUUAACCCUUGUCAUGUAUCUCCCCUUUUCCCUGACUUUUCUUUUUGGGUGGAGGAUAGUCCUCUUCUCUACCUGUCAUUUUAUCAUAAUAUCUAGUUUGAUAUUCUACUCUCUUUUAUUUAUUCUUUAAAGACAUUAGAAGGCUCUUUCUCUCUCUCUCUCUUUCUCUCUCUCUCUCUCUCUUUCUGGAUAUGAAUGAUUUCACCCAUGAAUAGCAGAGAUCAAAUUGUAUUUUGAUUGAAUUAUUAACAUUAUUUUGUUGAUGUGUAUUAUUUUAUUUCCUUACAGAUGUGAGAUUUAACAUGUACAAUGCAUCUUGAUUUUUUAGAACGUAAUUUUAAGCAUAUAUUUGCCAUCCUUUUAAAUUAAGUUGAAAUUUACUUAAAACAAUUUGAGUUCUCUGUAGGCAGAUCGUCACUUUGGAGCCAAAAGUGCAUUGACCCUGUGAGAAGGUAUAUGGGUUAACGCCCUUCUGGCUCCAUACAAACAAGAUGAUCUUUUAUAGGGGUGACUAUUAAACCAGAUAUGAAUAUACCAUGCUACAAUGGAUGUAAAACUAAAGGCUAGAUUACAGUUGCUAGCUCUAAUACCACAUUAAAGCAUGACUUUUGUUUAAUUGUAGAUAGAUGAAAUUUCUUUAUUUUUUGUUAAUGCCUAGGUCACAGAUGGGUUUGUCAUGUUUACAAAAUCUUCUUUAGUGAUGUGAAUUCUUGAUUUUUGUAUUGUGUGUGAUUUACGAAAGCCCUUAUGGUACUUUGUCCUCCUUGCAUCCCAUUGGUCCUGCACACAAUUGGUCAAAUGCUAACAAAACAAAUGAAAUGUUAUAUACUGUAAGGGGAUAGACUUAGGUGACUGACAUAAACCUAACCCUUGACCCUAAAACUAUGCUUGUAGGACCGAUGAUGAAGAUGACCGAAUGAUUUUCACUUAUUACUCUUCUAUAUAUGGCAUGUGCUAUCUCUUCAUUAUUUUAUCUCUUUGGUUCCUCCAGUAUCAUAACAAAUUUUGAUGAAUAAUAUGUGUUUCUUGGAUACAAUAGUCCCCCCCCCCCCUCCCUCCCUUUUAAGCUAAAUUGCCAAACGAUUUCUAAAGUUGCAGUAAUAUCAUAAUGUUACAUGGUUAAUUUAUUACUUCAAAGAAUAAAACCAGUGAUAGCUAUAGUAAAAUACCUCAAAACUCAGUUGUUCCCAUUGUGAGGGCUGGGCCUUCCACUGUAAGGUACAAUAUAAGAUCAAACUGUAUCAUUAAAAUGUAUCAAUUUGUUAUUAUUAAAACAUCAGUUUACUUAAGGUAUCUAGACUGCAUAUCACGAGCAGUGUGUUACUGGUUUGACUUGGGAUGGAUUGAAUAUGAUUCAAAUAUGAAAACAUUUGAAAAUAUUGAAUUAUGAAAUGUAUCUUGCUAGUACUUACCAAUACUUUUUCUCUCUUGAAUUGGAAGGUCGACAAAGUGGUUACAUGCCCAAUUUUUUUCUGUUUUGUUCCUUUUUGACACAAUGAAUCAGUUGAUUGGGUUAUUAUUGUAAAGAGCUGUUGUAAACAGAUAGUGAUUGUGUACUACUUCAUGGGCAUUUAUAUCAGACUUUUUUUCUUUUUUUAAAAUAAAGAUAUAUAUUGUGAUUUGAGUGUUGAGGAAAUAUUGUGGCCAUGGAAUGUCAUGGAAGUGUGCUAUGUUUACUGACUAGAUCAAUCAGAAGUUGGUUUCAUGGCCUGUAUAGUUGGCAAGGAAGAUGGGUCGACUUCAUCAGAACCAAAAGUGCGUUGACUUGUAUCGUGUCAUAUCACUUCAAGUCUUUACAGAACAGUUUCCAGAUAUCUAGCUUGUAUAAUGUUACACAGUCAAUACCGUUCCGACUCUUGAGACAUUAUCAUUGUGUUUUUUGUUUUUUCCUGAUGAAAUGCUGUGCAGGCUUCAUGAAGGGUUUUACAAAGACUUUGGGCUUCCUUAGGGUAUGUGUUCAAUGAACUGUUGACAUUAUGACAAUUUUUUAAAUUUUCAACUUCAUUAAGUUCUAGAUUGUAUUUUACCUGGUACAUGUAGUCAAUGAUUUCUUCUUAAUGUUGCAAAAACAGGGCCUUUAUAUAAUAGACAGGUGUGGUUUCCUCAGAAGCAGCUACAUACAGUGUACUUAAAAGCUUCCCUACGUUUAAUAUGUUGGUGCUCGUUUGUCAGGGUUUCUUUGACACUAAACUACUUGCCAAGAAAGGAUAGUUCGCAAAGCCAUCACUCUAGAACAAAUACUUGUACUUUUUUGCACCAGCAUGUAUCUUUAAACAUGUGCAUUAAGUAGCCCUUUCUUACUCAAAAAACCCCUAGCUAUUUGGGUGAUGGAUGUACACGUAAUUGGAUUGCUUAGACCCUAUAAACCAUUGGUAUUUAUUUAACUCCUAGUCGGGUUCUCUUUGUGUGUGUUGUGACUAUUGGUGUAGCAUUCUUGACAGCUACAUGCCCUCUUCGAGUCUAGUCUUCAUUACCUAUGAUGUGGUGUGUAGCUAGACCUUUUUAACACUAUUGUAUUGUAUAAAUAUAUACAAACUUGGAUUGUUUUAUGAAAAUAUAUCUAGAUGAUAUUCGAUUCUACUACAGCAAAGUUUCUAUGAUGACCGAGUGAUGGAAAAAGGAAAGGAAUAAAUUUGCUGCACAGUGCUGUGCUUUUUUGUACAGACUUGAAAAAAAA